AUGGGGACCGUUUGUACGCUAGCGUAUGUAGGAGGACCGCUCGCACGGCCCGAAUCCCUGAGUACCUUACCAAAUGACGCAUCAAAACUGAAUCGACACCCUUUGCACACCGUUGAUGAUGUUCUCACCAACGUGAAUAACCUGCGUGACGCCGAUCCGAAAGUGGAAGGAAAGCAAGAAAUUGCUGACCAUCAGCACAUCAGAAGACUCUUCCGAUAUAACUGCCUUCCAAUUAAUGUUAACAGCGUCCCGGAAUUUUUCAAUUCCUGGUGA